AGUUCGCGACCCGUGGUUUUACACCGUUCGCGCGUCGGGUUUCACGCAGCUCAGGGCCUGUAUGAACUUGACUGCCUUUUUUGGAAAGGGGUUUAUAAAAGUAGUGCGCGGGGCAAGUUGGUUCCAGACUGCAACGAAUCUGAUCUAAAAGGAACGUGUUGCAGUUUAUACUAUUAUAGAAUUACCUUACCAAUGCGUUGUGUCUAUGGCGGCAGCAUUUCAGGUUUUGCAGCAGAACUCUGCAAUAUUUAAUCUAAAAAUGGAAUGACGCCUUACAUGUAUUAUUUUGCUUAUUAGUAUUUUUAAUUCAGUGAAAUAGACAUAAGUGUCACGUAUGCGACUAUUUUAUUUAAUCAAUUUUAUUUUCUUCAGAUAUUUUAGCUUCUAAAUCUCUUACGCAUGCAAAUAUGUAUUGUGUAGUCUUGGCUGCAUGCUUCGUUGCAACAGUGGCGGGCAUUAACACAAGGCAUGGAAGGACAUGGUACACAACAAACCGCCACGAACAGUCAGCCAUUGAAAGUUGUCUUCGCGGCCAAAAUAUAGUGGGGUCGUUCGCUACAAAGUGUGAGACCUUACGUGUUGUUGCACGAGACAUGGGGAACAGUGAUACACUCAACAGGGAUAGGCGAGUGUGUCGAUAUUUUCCUUCGAAAGGCGAUAGUGGUUUUCUAGAGUUGGAGUACGUUAAAAAGCUCUCAGAUUUAAAACAAAGAGGGCAGCCAUCAUCAGAAGAAGCUUUGGACAACAUGCUUGAAGCCAUUGCCCCAUGCUCUGUCUUCUCUCCGAGUCUUAGACGGAAAUGGAAAAACUUUUUUGACCCGAGAGGCGGCGACCGUCCUAUUGAACUGAUUACGCGUUUUCCUGUUGAGCACCAAACUAACACAGAUCAUGUGGUGGUGUCGUUUACCCAUCCGCUUCGUCACAACUUUAGCCUGCACGAGCUAAUCGGAGUUGACCUCGCAUUGCUUCGAAUACCACCUUGCCAAUUAAACGAGGGUUUCGGAUUGUAUGACGUAGUUGUCCGAAAACUUCCGAACGAUGAUUCGGAAACUGAAGUAGUGGUUCAUCAUAGCACGCAGGCUUCAUGUGCGGGUGGCGGCGGGUAUAUGAUAGUGGCGAGUCUUGAUACGGGAAUUUUAAUGGAAUGGCUGCUCCACGAACAUAGCAACCUGCAACUAAGUGUGCAAGUUACUCAGAGCCGCCAAGUAAUGUCGGGAAACUCGAGUGAACCCAGUGUUUUAAAUGUACUUCGCCGGGUCCUGUCUCUCGGAUUUCAUUUGCAAGCCGGACCUGGUGCCUCACAACAGGUUAUUGCAAAGAUCCCACAAGGCAGAAGAGCAUCUCACCAUCGACGAAGGAAUAGUUGGAUCACACGAAUGAGACGAAGUCCGUCACGUGGUAUCAGGGGGUGUGAAAGGACCAGUUUCCCCAUCAACUUUCAAGACGAUUGGUUUCGACACCACAUCUUGUACCCUUCCUCCGUGUACGAUAUUGGUGAAUGUGUUGGAAGAUGCGACUUUCCCAUUCAGAUGCCAACCAAUGCAAGCAACCAUGCCUUGGCACUAACCGUGGAACGGGAGUUCGGUUUAAGGUCUGAAAAUGAACAACCGACAAUCUGCUGCGUUCCAACUGACUAUUAUUCCAUGUACGCCACCUUGAGUUCCGAAUUCGGAGUUGAGUCCGUGUUUUUGCCAGAGAUUGAAGUGAAACACUGUGGGUGUUCCUAAUAAGGAUUGCUGGAUAAUAAGUUGUAAAAAUGUAAAGUGUAACGGUUUGCCUCGCUUAUGUUUGUUAGAUACUGUUGAUUGUAUUUGUUAAUAAAGUUUUGUAAAUAAGC